AUGGCUCGUUGGCUUGGGAACCCGUUUGCCUUCACCCCGCUUCCGGUGACGAUCAUCACAAGCGCCGUUUACAUCGCCCUUGCUGCAGCUCUGCUUGUUGUUCAUCUCGUUGUCCCCUCUGCCCCUGAUAACCACAAUCCCGUCGCUGGCGUAAAUCUCACAGAGGCCUGGCGCGACCUGCAGUUCAUCUCCAAUGGCUUUCAUCCCUACAACUCACGCCGCAACGACGAGGUCCGCGACUGGCUCCUGCGCCGCAUCGAAGCCAUCCUGGACCGCAAUCGAGUGCGCUAUGGCACUGAGAGCUCCGGCACUGCAGACGAGGCCCCUGUCGUGAUCUACAAUGACAUGGUCUCCAACGUCACCUUCUCCGGCGGCUCCACCACCAGUAUCUACUUCGAGGGCACCAAUAUCAUGGUUUACAUCCGUGGAUCUGACGAUGUCUCCGAUGUCUAUUCCUCCAGCACCGGUGGCGUACUCGUAAAUGCCCAUUACGACAGCGUGUCCACUGGCUAUGGAGCCACGGACGACGGCGUCGGAGUAAUCACCAUCCUGCAGCUGAUUUCCCACUUCACCACGCCUGGGCACCGGCCUAGACGGGGAAUUGUGGCGCUCCUCAACAACGGAGAAGAGGACUGGCUCAACGGUGCCAAAGCUUUUACCCAGCACCCUCUCUCUGGCUUCCCCCACACCUUCCUCAACCUCGAGGGUGCUGGCGCGGGCGGCCGAGCCACGCUUUUCCGGAGCACCGAUACUGAAGUUACCAGGUUCUACAAGAAGAGCAAUCACCCGUUCGGGACGGCCAUCAGCGCUGAUGGCUUCAAGCGGGGCGUCAUUCGUAGUGGAACGGACUAUUCCGUCUUCACCGAGGACCUGGCCUUGCGUGGCUUGGACGUGGCGUUUAUGGAGCCCAGAGCCCAGUACCAUACUGUCGAAGAUGGCGCUAGAGAUACUUCUCUCGAUUCUCUUUGGCAUAUGCUUUCUGGAGCGUUGGACACCAUGAAGGGACUCACGUCCUACACUGGGUCUGAAUUUGAAGGCGGUGAUCACAACACUGGCGAGGGGACGACUGCUGUAUACUUUGAUCUCUUUGGCAGUGCCCUUGCUGUUUUCCGACUGCACACGCUGUUUGCGUUGUCAGUCGCCCUUCUUGUGGCCAGCCCUGUCAUACUGAUAGCGCUCAACGUCGCUCUGGUAAAGGCGGACAAGUGGUAUCUUUUCGCCAGGAAGAAGUACCUUCAUUCUCCUGAUGAUGAUGAAGCAGUGCAGCUCUACGGUUGGCGCGGUUUUUUCCGUGUCCCUAUCGCCUUUGUGGUGGCGACUGGUGCUGUGAUCGGUUUGGCUUUCCUUGUAGCAAAGGUCAACCCUAACAUUGUCUACAGCAGCGAGUAUGCUGUGUGGAGCAUGAUGCUCACCGCUUGGAUUACUAUUGCUUGGUUCUUCCUUCGUGGGGGGAAUGCGAUGCGUCCCUCAGCCUUAUCCCGCGCUCACGGCUUCCUCUGGAUGUACAUCGGUGCCUAUAUCCUCCUUGUCGGUGGCACGAUCGCAGAACGCCACUUCCAAAUUGCGGGCACCUAUUUCCUUGUUAUCUACUUCGCUGCCAUCUUUGUCGCCCUCUUGAUCUCUUACGUUGAGCUGUUCGCUCUGCCCAAGAAGCAGGUAUUUGUCCAGCAGUUCAUCGACUCGCAGUACUCAGGCACUCGCACGCCUGCCAGUCUCCGCCGGUCAAUGACGCCAACAUCCAGCCGUCCUCUGACGGCAGUUACGGGAGUGAACUUGUCCUCCGAGCCUCUGCCCAAGCUGCGCGACGAAAUCCGUGCCAAUGACGAUGACUCGGUUACCGAGACUACCUCACUCCUUCGUAGCGACCGACCCACGACAUUUGCUCGCUAUGGCAGUCGCCGCACCUCAAUGGAUGCUCAUUCUGCUCUUUCGGUAGGCGGCCGCAAUGCCUCCGGCCCUCCUGCUCCUCCCCGGCCUUAUGACAAAGAACAGCCCUGGUCUGGCUAUUUGCCGAGUUGGACAUGGCUGCUUCAAUUCCUUCUGGUCGCUCCGAUUAACAUAAUUCUGAUCGGUCAGAUCGGGCUCAUAAUUACCAGCGCCUUGCACCAGACGCUAGCGGACGGCAGCUCCGCUAUCCUCGUUUACAUAAUGAUAGCAGUCUUCACGGUGCUGCUGCUCCUGCCCAUGGUUCCAUUUUUGCACCGCUUUUCCCUACAGAUUCCCACUUUCUUGUUUAUGAUUUGUGUUGGCACGCUUAUUUAUAAUCUUGUCGCCUUCCCUUUCUCUCCGAACAACAAACUCAAGGUGUACUUCAUCCAGCGCGUAGACCUGGACACGGGGCUUAAUGAGGUCAGCCUGACCGGCUUGGACGGCUAUGUCCAGAACAUUGUCUCGCAGCUGCCGUCAGCUGCAAACCAGGAGAUCAAAUGCGGCGAGCCCGAUAUGGCUUCCAGAGCCGGGUUGACCAAAUGCGCAUGGCGGGGACUUGCGCCAGCAGUUGUCCCGCGCGAUGAUUCCGCGCUCCCGCCGGACGAGCGCGGCUACCUGGACAGCUGGAUUACGCUCAACGCAACGAGAAACGACACGCAUGCAAGAGCAACGUUUGAGAUAUCCGGGCGCGACACGCGCAGCUGCCGUCUCUUCUUCGACGCGCCGAUCAAGGACUUUAGCGUGCGCGGCGCGUCGACGUCGCGGCAAUUCCCGCACGUCGGCGAGGACGGAACGACGGAAAUCAGGCUGUGGAGCAGGGAUUGGGAGAGGCCGUGGGAGGUGGAGGUGAAGUGGGAGGGCGACGGGGGCAUGGAUGGCAGAGCCGUAUGCAUCUGGAGCGACGCCAACGACAAGGGGCGGAUCCCUGCGCUGGACGAGGUGCGGAUGGAGAUGGGUGAUUGGGCAAUUGUAAGCAAGCUGAGCGACGGGCUGGUGGAGGGCGUCAGGGCGUUUGCAGUGUAG